AUGGCCUUAUCUCUGAGAACGCCACCACCCCCCUCUCUCUCCUUCUUCUCCUCAUCACUUUUCCAAAUUCCCAAACUCAUAUCUUUCUCAAAACCCAAUUCCUUCAAUUCCCAAUUUAAGCCUCUCUCCAUCUCCUUCCAAGCGGCGACCCUCCCAAUCCUCUCCUUCGCUGGUGAAAAAAUUGGAGAAACCUACUUAGACAUUAAGUCUGCCCCUCCGGAGACCGCACGUGCCGUUGUUCAUCGUGGUAUCAUCACUGACCAGCAGAACAAGCGCCGGGGCACUGCCUCAACCCUCACCCGCGCGGAGGUUAGAGGUGGUGGCAAGAAACCUUAUCAACAAAAGAAAACAGGUCGUGCCCGUCGUGGAUCAAAUCGCACCCCUCUCCGCCCUGGCGGAGGAGUCAUUUUUGGUCCCAAGCCUAGAGAUUGGUCCAUAAAAAUUAAUAAAAAGGAGAAACGAUUGGCUAUUUCUACAGCAUUGGCUAGUGCGACUGAGAAUAUGGUUUGUGUGGAGGAAUUUGGUGAGAGAUUUGAGAAGCCGAAGACGAAAGAGUUCAUUGCGGCUAUGAACCGGUGGGGAUUGGACCCGAAAGAGAAAGUUAUGUUUUUGAUGAUGGACGUGAGUGAUAAUGUGGGGCUAUCGAGCAGGAAUAUUGGGACUUUGAACCUGUUGACGCCUAGGACUUUAAAUUUGUUCGAUAUUUUGAAUUCGGAUAAAUUGGUGCUAACGCCGGAUGCUGUAGAUUACUUGAAUGGAAGGUAUGGAGUGGAUGUUGAGGUAGAGAGUGAGGAUGAUGAAGAGGAAGAGGGAGAUUUCGAGCAAGAAGAACAAGAUGGUGGUGAAGGAACUGAAGCUAAUGAGAAUUCUGUUGUAACAGAGUGAUGAUACCGAGUUUUUAGCCACCUUGACCUAGGAUCCGUGACAAUUCACAUAAAACUUGGCGAGAAGCUGUGCUGUGCCUAACACAGAAAGUUGUUUUGUUUGAUGACUGCAAUUGAAUCAUAUUGCAUGAUAGUUUUUGUUAUAUUCUCCAUGUAUUGUUUGUCGUAUCAAUUUGCAUAUUAUUUUUGUUGAAAGUGUAUCCAUUUAGAUCAUCUGUAUUGCUUCCUGAUCACAUUAUUGUUUUACCUACAAUGUCGGCUUCUUAUUAAUUUGCUCUUUAAUGACUA